AUGAAGGGUCUUGUCCGCGAUGUAGGCAAAGAAUACAAGACAGACUUGCGCUUCGAGAACAAAGUAUAUGAGGCUCUACGUGUGGCAUCAGAGGAUAUGAUCACAUCCAUAUUUGUGAACGCCAAGAAGAUUGCGACCGAAUCAAAGAGACCUCAAACUGUCAAGCAGUCUGACGUUUUGUUGGCAAUUAAUAUAAUGAACUUGGGUAAUCAACUAACUACCAUUCAUACACCACCUACCACACACCAUAAUGAUCAAACAUGA